AUGGACUACGCCAAGCUAGACGCAAAGCUCAAUGGCAAUAUCAACACAGGCAACAUCAGCACCGACGACUUCCUGGCCGUCUUCACAACGACCAGCAGUGCAUCGCCCCCAACGGCCGUGGCAUCCGCGACACCGGACAGCAAUGCCACACUCAACCCGCCCCUGCUCACCGUCGACGGUCAAUUCACGCUCAAUCCAGCGGCGGCCUACAUAAAUGACACCUUCUAUCUGUUGGGUGGCAACGGGAGCUUCUACAACAAUAGUUUGCAGCUGGCGGGCAGCUACUACAAUCAGACGGCGGCGAACAUUAGCGGAGGCAGCGGUGGCAACAUCACCGAGGUGCACUGGGACGGUCGCUAUCCGAGCGGCUACACGCUCACUCACAUAGUGAUCGCCUCGAUCAUCGUCACAAUACUGAUGAUCAUUAUUGUUGUUGGCAAUAUGCUGGUAAUUAUUGCAAUUGCGACGGAGAAAUCGCUGAAGAACAUACAGAACUGGUUCAUUGCCUCUCUGGCCGUGGCCGAUUUCUUUCUGGGCCUCAUCAUUAUGCCCUUCUCGCUGGCCAACGAGCUCAUGGGCUACUGGAUCUUUGGCAGCUGGUGGUGUGACAUACACUCGGCCAUGGACGUGCUGCUGUGCACGGCCUCGAUCAUGAAUCUCUGUCUUAUCUCGCUCGAUCGCUACUGGAGCAUCACCAAAGCGGUGGAUUAUCUCAAGUCACGCACGCCGGCACGUGCUGCUGUGAUGAUCACCGCCGUGUGGAUUAUGUCCGCGCUCAUUUGCAUUCCACCUCUGCUCGGCUGGAAAGUGAAGAUGCCGGGCGGCCCGUUGCCAAAGUGUAAGCUAAGCGAGGACAUUGGCUACGUGCUAUACUCUGCACUGGGCUCAUUCUAUAUACCAAGCUGCAUCAUGGUCUUUGUGUACAUACGAAUUUACUUUGCCGCGAAGGCGCGAGCGAGACGCGGCAUUAAAAAGCAUCCGCGCAAAACAAACAACGAACAGGUAACGAGCUUCACCACCGCCAACAAGAAAGGAACAAUACCGAUGCCAUCCUCCAGCGGCGCUGCCCUGCAGCUGCAUCAGCAGCGUCAAAUAGCCACCAUCGAGACACCACCGAACAGCGCUACGCUGCCCAUGCAAAUACCAACGGUCACCAUGGAUCUGGCCUCGGACAUAUCCACUUCGGAGGCGGGUGAAAUUGAGGCCCACACAGCCUUGGCAUAUGUGAACCCUAAUGGCAACAACGCCACAGCCAAUACUUCAGCACUAACAACGACAAACUCGAUGCUGGCGGUCACGCCCAGCUCGCCGAGCAACAAGGAGACGCUGCAGGUCAGCACGAUUGCUACGGGCCAUGUAGGACUUAAUGUGCCCGUGCCACCAUCCAUGGCGCUGAACAACAACAAUGGCAGUAUUGGACAUGUCUCGACUGGUGGCAACGGCAACUCCUCCUCUGGUGGAGUCGUGGGCGCUGACAUCACCACACUCUCGCCCUCGCCGUCUCCCAAUGAGCUGCGCGUCUCGCCCAUCGCCGGUCGGUGUCGUGCACUCUCCGUUGGCGUUGACACAGACAUGGUGAGUGAAUUCGAUCCUUCCAGCUCGGACUCAGGCGUUGUCAGCCGCUGUGCCGUCGUCAAGCCACUGAAGUUUCGCCUGUGUCAGCCAAUUUUCGGCCGAAAGUCAAACCAACAGCGACGUAAUGAGGCGAAGGCCGCUGCCGCUGCGGCCGCCGCGGCUGCUGCUAAAAGCAACAACACCAAAUGUGCGGCAGAAGUGGUUAAGGCCGAACUGGAGCCGGCCAUACCAAAGACGCCGAAGCCGCGCGAUCCCGAAAAGGAGAAGCGACGCAUUGCGCGCAAAAAAGAGAAACGGGCAACGCUCAUUUUGGGUCUCAUAAUGGGCAGCUUCAUUGCCUGCUGGCUGCCAUUCUUCUUUCUAUAUAUAUUGGUUCCCGCCUGUAGUAGCCACUGCCACAUACCCGACUCGGCAUUCGCCAUCGCCUUCUGGUUGGGCUACAUGAACUCCGCACUGAAUCCGGCCAUCUAUACCAUCUUCAACAAGGACUUCCGACGCGCCUUUCGACGCAUCCUGUUCAAGUGA